AACGGAGGCGAGCUUUAACCGGAGAUCGUGCCUGUCAGACCGGGGCAGAGUAGGGACAAGCCGGGGUGAUUGGGGCGCAGUCCGGAGCGCUGGAAUAGGCGGUCAGGCGAGGGGGUUGCGAGGGAUCCUCGGUGCAAAGCCCUGCCCUGUGGCAGCGGGAGCAGCCUGCACAGGCCGGGCGGAAGGGAGGUCCAGCAGCAAAGCGGAAUAUGGCGGAGAGACGGAUUGCAUUGCACUGUUAAAGAAACAAAUUCAUAAAAACAAGCACCCCUCAAAACUGCACUGGGGCAAAGCAUGCUAACCGUGAAGCGCUGUGAUCCAUGAUCCCGGCCGAGGGAACCUAGGCUUGAUUUAUCUUAUUGAGACGCUGUUUUCUGAACAGGCCACACUAUGCGUGAAUACAAGCUUGUGGUCCUCGGCUCGGGGGGUGUGGGGAAGUCCGCUCUGACAGUACAAUUCGUACAGGGAAUAUUUGUUGAAAAAUAUGACCCCACAAUAGAAGAUUCAUACAGAAAGCAAGUGGAAGUAGACGGACAACAAUGUAUGCUUGAAAUUCUCGACACAGCAGGGACAGAGCAGUUCACAGCGAUGAGAGACCUGUACAUGAAGAACGGCCAGGGUUUCGCUUUAGUAUAUUCUAUUACAGCACAGUCAACGUUUAACGACCUCCAGGACUUGAGAGAACAGAUCCUACGAGUGAAGGACACUGAAGAUGUCCCAAUGAUUCUGGUUGGCAAUAAAUGUGAUCUGGAGGACGAGCGGGUCGUGGGGAAGGAACAGGGUCAGAACCUAGCAAGACAGUGGAACAACUGUGCCUUUUUAGAGUCCUCUGCAAAGUCAAAGAUCAACGUUAAUGAGAUCUUUUAUGACCUGGUCAGACAGAUCAAUAGGAAAACGCCAGUGGAAAAGAAAAAGGCUAAAAAGAAAUCGUCCUGCCUGCUGCUGUGAGAGUCCAGCCAGCAGCAGCGGCAGCAGCAGCUCUGAGCAUGAAUGCAGGAAUGAAGAACUGUUGCCCAAAUUGGAAGGUGCCAGCAUUCCAGAUUUAAUACAAAACAAUCUGAAAGUUACAAGCUGUCUGAAGAGGCUCCUGUUCUUUUCUGUAUGGUUUAACUGAAGAAUUCUGAUUUCGGAGGACGGAUUGGAACGAUCCGCACCCCCCCACCCCCACCCCCACUCCCACCCCCCUGCAUCGCUUCUUGGCAGAAAAAAAAAAGCAAACAGUAUUUUCACCUUUUGCAAUAGUAAUUAAAAGAUGAAAAUAGUUCUGUUUGAAUUGAAUUGUUUGAUCAUGUGAAUGCAUGGACACGUUUCAAAUGUUAGAUGUUGCAAGUUGAAUCAAGAAUUGAUAACGUGUGAGCCUUUUUGUUCUCACAGUACCCUCUUUUUUCUGAAGUACUAACAGCCCGACGGUAACAGUUUGAAGUCAGUGGACUGGCAUCACAAACAGCAUCGUCUUUCUGAAGUGACUGCAUUUUAUAUCCUGGGACUUCAGGAAUUCCAUUCCUUUCGUGUUUCCCUUAAUAUAUUCAAAUUCAAAUGUUUUGUGUGUAAUGCUUUGGGAAAAAUGGGUCUUUUAUAGAAAAACAAACUGGGGGGGGAGAAAAAAACAAACUGAUUUCUAAAAUAUAUUCUACUAAACCAACUCUAAUAUUGCUUCGUGUGUUUUACUGUCAAAUUAAUGAAUGAAUGAUUAAAUUUUAGUACAUUUUCA